AUCUAAAAGUCUUUAUUCCAGAAGCAAUCAAUCUGAAAGCUAUUAUUUUAGAUCUAAAAAUCCUUAUUCUAAAAGUAAUCGGCCUAAAAGUUAUUACUCUAGAUUCAAAAGUCUUUAUUCCAGAAGCAAUUAGUCUGAAAGCUAUUAUUCUAGAUCCAAAAGUCCUUAUUCUAGAAGCAAUCAGUCUAAAAGCUAUUAUUCUAGAUCUAAAAGUUUUUAUUUUAGAAGUACUCAGUCUUAAAAUAAUAAAUUAA